UCGCUUCAGCUGUGCGCGCUCCCGCGACACACGGCGGACACACGGCGGGUCGUCCACACAUCAUGGCUUUCUUCGCUCAUCAGAUCCGCAGAGGUUUUUCGUCUUCGGCUGUCAGAAAUGUGGUCAUUAAACAAGUUACGAUCAUCGGAGGGGGACAGAUGGGUGCAGGAAUCGCACAAGUUGCUGCUUCAACUGGCCACUCGGUGACUCUGGUGGACACAUCUGACGACAUCCUUAAAAAGUCUAUCAAAACAAUCGAAGGGAGCCUGAAAAGAGUGGUCAAGAAGAAGUUUGCUGACAAGCCAGAGGCAGGUGAAGAGUUCAUCCAGAAAGUCCUGAAGAAUGUGUCGACCUCAACAGAUGCUGGAUCUGCAGUUAAGAGCUCAGAUCUUGUGUUGGAGGCUAUUGUGGAAAAUCUAAAAAUCAAACAGGAUCUUUUUAGUCGCCUUGACAAGCUGGCACCAGCACACACCAUCUUUGCCAGCAACACGUCCUCCCUGCCCAUUUCUGACAUCUCCAGCACCACCAACAGGCUGGACAGGUUCGGCGGCCUUCACUUCUUCAAUCCUGUCCCUAUGAUGAAGCUUGUAGAGGUCAUUGGAACCUCAUCAACAAGCCAAGAGACUUUUGAUUCACUCUUGAACUUCAGCAAAGUGCUCGGAAAAACACCAGUGUCCUGCAAGGAUACCCCCGGGUUCAUCGUAAACCGUCUGUUUGUUCCUUACUUGUACGAGGCCGUCCGGUUGUAUGAGAGAGGUCAUGGAUCCAAAGAAGACAUUGAUAUCGCGAUGAAACUUGGUGUUGGUUAUCCCAUGGGACCCUUUGAGCUCUCUGACUACAUCGGGUUAGACACAAUAAAGUUCAUCAUGGAUGGUUGGAGAGAAAUGGAUCCUGACAACACACUUUUUGCCCCAAGUGAAUUGAUGGACAAGUUGGUUGCAGAGGGCAAACUUGGCAAAAAGACAGGAGAAGGUUUCUACAAGUACAAGUAAUUUAUGGGGGAAAUAUACUGCAAAAAUUGGGAAAUGAAGCCACCCAGUGCCUGUGCUGUCUCACUAAAGAUCAGCUGUUUUCUAAAUGACAUCAACGAAUGUGUUCAGCAAUUAAAUCUCAUGAAAUAAAUCUUUAAAAACUU